CAUUACAUUUCGUUAACCAGUUCAAUUGUAAAGAAGUUCAUCUUCAGUAAAAAAUAAUCCAAAAUGUUCAAAUUGUUCACAGUCUGCUUCCUCGCUCUCUUCGCUUUUGCCUUCGGUGCUGCUAAACCCGGUUUGCUGGCUGCUCCUGCUGCUCUUGCUUACUCAGCUCCAUUAGCCGCUGCACCUCUUGCUGCUGCCUACGCCGCUCCAGUUGCUGCUGCCUACGCCGCUCCCGUUGCAUACACCGCCGGCUAUGCUGGUUACGUCGCCCCAUACGCCAGCAGCUACUCAGCUCAUUCGAUCGCCCACUCUGCCGCUUUCCCAGCUGCUUAUGCUGCUGCACCAGUAGUUGCUGCUGCCGCGCCCGCCGUUGCCGUGCUACGUAAAUAGAUUGGAAAUUGUGAUACAUUGUUAGGGAAAAUUCUAUUUUCCUAACAGUGAUA